AUGAGGACGGUCCUCUUGUUCGGACGCCAAUGUCUUCGCCAUGGCCCUCCAAAGUCAACGGCCACCUUCGCAAGCCGAGCUGCGACGCGACGGUUCGCAACCGCCUCGUUCAUCCGCCAGCAAUUCGCUUCCCCUCGCUUUCGCGGCAGGACUAUACUAUGGUCUGGCGCAGCGACUGGCGCAGCUACCGGCGCACUACUCAGUCCGCUUGCUUUUGUAGAAAUUAGCCAUGACAAGUCGGACAGUGGAGAGAAGACGCACGAAGCCGCCAUGCUUGAAGCAUCGAGGAAGGAGCUCGAUGAGCAGGUACCUAAGGCGCUGAAGAACUCGACCAAAUACCGCAGAGGCAUAUACUUUUUCAUUGACGACUACAUAAUCGAGCCGAUAGCCACGGGCCUGCGGUUUCUGCACUUGCUAAUCAUCUUCGUGCCCGUCAUCGUUACUAUCCCAGCUAUUUGGAUUGGCGCGAGACAGACUAAGAGGGAUAAUGAGCGCAGUGGCACCUUGUGGUGGUAUGGCUUCUUGGUCUCGUCCAUGGAGAGGGCGGGAGCCGCUUUCAUCAAGCUUGGGCAAUGGGCAGCCUCACGAACAGACGUCUUUCCGACCGAGAUGUGCCUCAUCAUGUCAACACUCCAUUCAAACGCACCCGCUCAUUCGCUCAAGGUCUCGAAACAGACCAUCGAGGAUGCCUUCGACGGCCAACGCUUCGACGACAUAUUCCAAGAGUUCGACGAGACACCAUUGGGCGUUGGCGCAAUUGCCCAGGUAUACAAGGCGAAGCUGAAACCACACUUUGCGACCCUACAAGAGAAUACUGCUGCGCUGGAGGAGCCCAACUUGGCUCACAAGAUAAAGAAGAAUGUCGACAUUACACUGAAGAGCACUCCUUCAAGAGUUCCUUCCAGUCAUGUCGCCGUCAAGGUUUUACAUCCCAAAAUCGAGAAGAUUGUGCGAAGAGACUUGCGCAUCAUGGCCUUCUUUGCUGUUAUCAUCAAUGCGAUCCCUACCAUGGAGUGGCUGUCCUUCCCAGACGAGGUGGAGCAGUUUGGUGAGAUGAUGAGGCUGCAGUUGGAUCUACGCAUUGAGGCUGCGAACCUCACAAUGUUCCGUAACAAUUUCAAAGACCGGACAACAGCCUGGUUUCCUUACCCAUACACAGAAUACAGUACGCGCAGUGUUCUAAUUGAGGAGUUUGCGCAAGGUAUCCCUAUGGAAGACUUCCUACAGAAUGGAGGAGGGGUGUACCAGAAAGACAUCGCGGAUGAGGGGCUUGAUGCUUUCCUCACCAUGCUCCUCAUUGAUAACUUUAUUCACGCAGACUUGCAUCCAGGUAAUAUCAUGGUUCGAUUCUACAAGCCCGAACAGCUCGAUGUAUCCAUCUUCACUCGAAAAGAAGAUCGAGUUACUGGACCUAAGGAGUCGCUCGACGUUACUGAAGAAGCAUUGCAGCGGCUACGACCGCACAGGAAGGAUCCGGAGCAGUGGAAAGCAAGGCUUCAGGAGCUUGACAAUGAAGGAUACCGCCCACAGCUCAUCUUCAUCGAUACAGGUCUCGUCACGGAACUCAAUACGAAGAAUCGCGCCAACUUCCUUGACCUCUUCAAGGCUGUGGCCGAGUUCGAUGGGUAUAAAGCUGGGCAUCUGAUGGUUGAGCGGUGUAGACAACCAGAUGCCGUGCUGGAUGGGGAGGUAUUUGCGUUACGCAUGCAACAUUUGGUUCUGGGCGUCAAAAGCCGUACGUUCGCGCUCGGCAAUAUCAAGAUCGGCGACAUUCUCAAUGAGGUGUUGUCCAUGGUACGGACGCACCACGUUCGUCUCGAGGGUGACUUCGUAAAUGUCGUCCUCAGCAUUCUACUGCUGGAAGGUAUCGGCAGGAGUCUCAACCCCAACUUGGACCUCUUCGCAGGUGCUCUUCCAAUACUGCGACAACUUGGUGCUCAAAGCGGCUCCUCGAUGAUCCGCGGGGGCGACUUCUCGAUGCUCAAGGUCUGGGUGGGUCUUGAGGCCCGCAGCUUCUUGCAGGCUUCGAUCGAUACGGUGGAACGAUGUGUCAAGUACGACCAGCUAGCGCCCAAUAUAUGA